AUGUCCCGCGACCAACCAUCUUCCUCCCCUCCCAACCCGAUCUCUCCUUCCCAAACCCCUAAACCCGCCGACGGCGACACCAACGGCGCCGUCGCCGUUAAACCCCAGCCUUCCGACCCUGCUACUCCUACUACCUACCGUAGUAAUCGACCUUCUCGCGCUUGCACGCUCCGCGCAGCUGCUAAGCUCCAGCAGCAGCAGCAGCAGCAGCAGGCUAAGCCGAAGCCCAAGAAGGACCACCGCCAGCAGCAUGGGGAUGAGUUGUCGCUUCAUAAUAAGGACCAAUGUAGUAGUGGUGCUAGUAAGGUUGUGACUUCCCUGGUUGCUCCUCCAGAGCCCGCUCAAUUGCCCCGGUGGAACCUCCGCUCUAUGUGGGAGUUAGCUUCAGUACUCAAUUUCUUGCAUGUCUUUAGACCCUUGUUGAACAUCCAAGUUGAAUUCUCGGCUGAGGAGUUUGAGACUGCUCUUCUCUCACCCAAUGACACAUUGGGAGAGAUUCAUAUGCCAUUGUUAAAGGCAAUACCUCCUAUUACUCGGAUGGCCCUUACUAGGGAUACUUGGGUUACAGUUUUGUGCAGAAAACUAAGAGACUGGUGGCAUUGGGUUGCAGAUGGAGAUCUUCCAUUAGUUGCUUCACAGGGAGCGGAGGUUGAAGCAUAUAAAACACUGGAGCCUGCAGUUCGUGUGGUGAUCCUGAAGGCACUAUGUGAUAUUCGUGUUGAGCAAGAAGACAUACGUAACUAUAUUGAAAGCUCUAUUAAGCAUGGUGCUCAGCUGCUACUGUUCCGAAAAGAACGCAUUGGGGGUGACUCACAGGGGAUAAAUUACUGGUAUGAACCUGAUGAACUAGUAGGCCACCGGUUAUACCGGGAAAUAAGAACAGCAGAAGUGCUGACAAAAGGGAAGACAAAAGGUUCCAAAGUUCUUCCUUCUACAAUAUACCAGUGGGAAACUGUUGCUACAAAUUUCGAUGAAUUUGUGGAUGUUUCUGAGAAGCUUUUUACCAGUACAAAUAGAACAGAAGUUUCAUUAGGGAAGAAGUUGAAAAAUGACAUGCUCCCUGACAUUGAGAAGGUUCAGAAAGAAAAGAGGCGGUUGCUGAAGAAGCAACACAGACAAGCUCUACUCCUAGAUAACUAUAUGCAUGUGGAUGGGCUAGCAGCAGGCCGCUCCCUGCGUGAUAGAAAGCCUGUCACUUACACUUUCGAUGACUAUGACCGAUCAAUAAAUGAGGCCAUCAAAGUAACCAAGAAGAAACCUUCGUCCCCUGAGCAUGAUCAGAGAAGAGAAGGUGUGUUCAGACCUGAAGCUUCUGCAAAUGGCAGAUUGGGAGGUCCAUCAUAUUCGGCAGCAGCUCAUCAUGGCGGCUCUUUCAGUGCCAUGUCUCCCCUUUCAUCUGAUUAUGAUUUCAUAGAUAGUGAUCAUAAUAAUAAUAAACUGAAUAAUUUGGAUCGAGGCAACAGACGCCGACAGCGGCCACAGCGGUAUCAGCAAAAGACUAUGUGGAAGCUAUCUCAGACAAUGAACACGAAUUUGAUAGUGAUGAUGAUAUUGUUGGAGAAGCUGUCUAUGAUGAGGAAUAUCUGAGGAAGAGAAAAAUGAGGAAGCUCUCAAGUAGCUCUGAAGGAGAUGAAGAAUACAAGUGGGAUGGAGAAAAUGGCGAGGAGGAAGAGGAGGAGGAGGAGGAGGAUUCCUUGAGGUAUUAGUGAGGAGGGGAGCGAUGAUCCUCAUAACAAAUUCAAGAAGUUAGCAGCAGGGCGCACUAGGAGAGAGUCCAAGUUGAGGUCGGUCGAGGAUCUUCAGUCAGGUUUAAGACGCAGCAAAAGGUCUACAAGAAACCGGAUUAAUUACAAGCAGUACGAGCCAUCGGACUCAGAACCAGAAGCUGCAAAACAACGUGAUAACCACUCUGGUGCCAGUGAGAAUGGAGAGUUCUCAACUGGAACUCAAGACUAUGAUGAUGGUAAUGAUGGUAAUGAAGAGGUGGAGAAUGGUGAUGACGAUGAUGAACAGGAUAUGAAAGUAGUUGAUCAGCAGCCUGUUGAAGGGUACAUGGAAGGAUACUCUGAAAUGACCGUGAAAGAAGAAAGUAAGCCACCUGAGAAAUCAAGUAGCCCACCGCUGGCAGGUGGUCAAGAUGAUGAGAUUGAUGGGGUAAAGAAAACACAGUUCCUCGAUCUAAACGAAAUGGCUCCAGGUUCUGGUUUCGACGAUGGCCCAAAUAUACUGAUGAAAGAUGAAGUAAAUGGAGAUAAUUUUUGAGCUCUCCCCCUUUCCCAUAUUAGUGUUUAUGGAUCCCUCCUGAGGAAAGCUCAUUGUACGACAGCUGAAAGAGCUCUGUUAUAAAUUUUGGAUUGUCAAUCCAUGGGUGGAAAAGUCAGGUCAGGGAUGAGGAAUUGGGUUCUUCCAUGGUGUGUAACCUAAGCAAGCUGCCACCUUAAUGCAAAGAAAUUGCUCAUUAGAAGGGGCGGUUUGCAGCAAGGCAAACAACUUGAUUGAAGGUGAGAGUCGGUCAUAUGUAGAUUUAGUAGCGAGUUUCUUGUUCUUUCUUUUGUUUUUGGGUUCCCUGGUAUUCUACAUCAAUAGAAUAGAAGUGAAAGACCAAGGAGGGAUGAGAGAGAAUUAGUGGGGGAAGUAGUAAACUUGUCAAUCAUUGUACAACUAUCCCUUAACCCCAGAUAUUGUAACUUAAAAACAAUUUGCCUUCUCCUGCGCUCGGCGGUUGUCGCCGCUCCGCUUGGUCCUCCCGUCCUCGCUUCAUCGCCACCGGAUUCUCAGGAUCAUUGCCCAUUUCAUAACUCUGUGAAUGAUUGUCUCCUGAUGGCUCUCC